AUGGCUACCCCCAGUGUCCUUACCUUUGACGCUGAGGGUCGUGCUGUUCACUUUGAGGUCUGGGUCGAUGACCUACAGCUCUUCCUACAGUGCGAUAGGGCAGACGGUCUCUCCCUGUUCAAUCUCACCUCUAGUGUCUCUCCUGCCCCGCCUGCUACUGCUGACAGCACUGUUCGCUCACAGUGGGCCACACGCGAUGCUGCUACCCGCCUUGCUGCGCAUCGCCACUUACCGACCACUGAGCAUGCGCACUUUAGCCAGUACAAGAGUGCUAAGACCUUGGGUGUUCCCCCUCCCGCCUCUUGCCCUCUGUUGCCUCCGCUGCUGCGGCCGACCUCAUUGGUUUCCAGUCAGUCGGCGCUACGUCUGCCCCUAGCGGGAGACGCCGCACCGGCAAGGGCAAGGGGGGCAAGGGCGCUAGAGGGGCUGGCGAGGGCAGUGGAGGAGGUGGUGGAGGCAGUGGAGGGGGUGGGGGUGGUUGUGGGAGUGGUGGCGGGGGUGGAGGUGUCGGUGGCAGCAGUGGAGGCGGUGGAGGCGGCGGCGGUGGCGGAGGGAGCGGAGGCGGCGGAGGUGGCGGAGGUGGCGGAGGCGGCAGAGGUGGCGGAGGCGGCGGCAGCAGUGGUGGAGCUGGUCGCGGCUCUGCGCAGAGGAGUGGCUCCGGUGCGUGGUGGGGGUACUGGUCCCUGCACCUACGUCCUCCGCACCGGCGACCACGUUGGUGAGCAGUGCGAGGGCCCGCACUCCACCCAGCGCUACUUCGGCCGCCUGACGAACGCGUGGCGUCACCAGUUCCCUAAGGCCUCGGAGAUCCCUCGCUGGGGAGAGCUGUCUAGGGCGGGGGUUGCUAUCUUUGAUCUUGACUAUGAUGCUAUUCUUGCUGCCAUGUAUGCUGUGUCUGAUAGUGUUGAGGGUGACUGUUACCUGUCUGUUCCGCCUGACCCGAGCAUUGAGGCUGCUGCUCUAGGUGCUGGUGAGGCUGAUGCUCUAGGUGCUAGUGCGUCUGCUGCCCCAGGUGCUGGUGAGUCUGCUCUCUCAGGUACUACGUCGGCUCAGGCCGUAGACACCUUCACCCUUGACUCGGGUGCUUCCCGCUCCUUCUUUUGA